AUCCAACCAAAUUAAACUCAAGAUCUAUCAAGACACAAAACCCUCCACCCCUCCCCUGUACUAUAAGAUAUAAAAACCGACAACCCAGUAGCAAAAAUGAUGCAACAUCGCAUGCUCUCGAAAGAAGACGAAGUCUCCGCGGCAGGCGAAGAGAAUGAGGUCCGUCGCGAAGACCAGGAGAAGAUCAACCGCUUCAGUCGUCUUCAUCAACGUGAGACGCUGCUAGAGGAGCAGUUGAAGGCCAAACAGAAAGAUAAAGAGGAUCUCGAGGAGAUUUCUACGGAGCUGGAACUGGCCGAUGAGGAUGAACUAGUGCCGUACAAGAUUGGGGACUCCUUCUUCCAACUUCCCCUUGCUGAUGCUCAAUCUCUCCUGUCUUCAUCGACGGAGCAGAUCGACUCCGAGGUGUCGGGGCUGGAGGAGAAGUUGAGCGAUCUGCGCGACGAAUUGCAGCAGUUGAAGGUGGCGCUGUAUGCGCGUUUUGGACGGAGUAUUAACCUGGAAGUCUAAAUUAUCAUCGUAGUAUUCAAGGGUCUCAAGGAUCUGUGGAAUAUGCAGUAUGAGGGUGGAUUGAAAGGUUCUAUCAUUAAUGUAUAGAGGUCAAAAUAAAAUCAUGAUGUCACUGUAUAUGAAACAUAGUCUAUUUGUCUAAUAAGACAAGGUGAAUUUUACAACACAGAAAUGCAUCUUGAUGGUAUGCUCAAUGUAAUCAAACGUAUCGUAUGGAUAUCAAAGAUUCGGUCGUAAGACAUAUCUCGUUUCACAUGCUCCACUGAACCCCAGACCAUC